GAACUUUUACAGAUGUUUGGUCCUGCUUCAACUUUUGAAGUCGAAAAGCACUUCUAAAAGUCGGGCCAAAUAUAGAGAAUUUCCUACUUGUUUCGAUCGUAAGUCAUAAACCCUUGGGAAAGAAGUCUCGACUAUUUAACAAUUUUAUUUUUGUUUUAAUUUGACAAGAAAUGAAGGCGACGAUUUCAAACCUGAAAGGGCAAGUGGGAAACAAAUUACACGAAAUAAUAAUAAAAAAAAUAUAGAUGGGGCGGUUGAGACUUGAGAGAGGAAAGCAAAAGAACCAUUAGGAGAGAGAGAAUAAAACCCGGGAACGGGAGAGAUUCCGGGGAAUUCUUCUAGGUUUGCUCUCCUUCCUGAUUCCGUUUCAUGUAAAUUGGACGAAAGCUGAAGAAGUCGUUAGAGCUCGUAGUUGCAACUCAGAGUGCGCAGUCGCAAUCAAGAAUCAGAAUCAUAGGUAUGUCUACCGAUGCCAACUCUCCUCGGUUGAAAGAAAUUGGAUUGAUCCGUUCUUGCUCCGUUUUCUUCCUUUCAUUUCCUUUCUAAUGAUAAUUCGGGUUCGGAAGUCUGCAAUUGGGUGUACCCUGGUAUUUCCCCGUAAUCACGCAACAAGCGGAAUUUGUGUAUUUCACUGAUUCUACUUUUGGAAUGGUUAGCAUUCCCUGGUGACGCCUGAAAUGUGAUAGUAGUAGUAGUACAAAAGUGAGUUAGCUUGUUCAUGGGUUCACUGUAAAUACGUGCGUAUGGGGCGAGGUGAAUAUGUAGACACAUUCAAUUUCCAGUCCAGAUACAUGUACAUAUUGAGGAACAGAACUGACAGUCUGACAGAUUGGGUUUCUUUACUAGCUGCUGCUUCUCUUCAUGGUUUUGCGGUAGUGCAAUGUGAUCUGUGAUCAUGGAGUACAAUGAUGAUAAGCUUUUACUCAGCAGCUUGGGCGUCACAUCUGCGAAUCCUGAGGACAUCGAACGGCAUGUUCUAGCUGAGGCAGAAAACCAUGGUGAUAACAGUUCCGAGGGGGGUAAUAACAGAGAUGAGGAACCUCAUAAUAUUUCAGAAAAUGUGAAUCCUUUGUCCAUGAGCCAGGCCACACUCUACAGUACACUAAGGGCUGUUAACUAUGAAAUAGAUGCUGUAGCAUCUACUGUUGAACGAGAAAAGAAGGUAGUUAGUGAAGAUGACUCAGCUUGUGCUAAUGAUGACACGACGGACCAAGAGGAGAAAGAAGAUUUUGGAACUGACCCCCGGAUUUCUCGAAAUGAUUCAACUCUUCAGCAAGCCCUAGCGGCUGAUAGACUAAGAAGUCUUAAAAGAAAGAAGGCCCAAAUCGAAAAAGAACUAACAGAUCUACAUCAGAUUAAUGUUGACAGAGGUGGUAAGCAUGAUAAACUGCUACAAGACCUUGUGAAGGAGUGCAGACAGGAAAGAAAACCAAAAACUCCCAAAGAAACUAAAAAACGCAAAGAGAAGUGCCAGAGAACAGUUUCAUUUGCUGAUGAUACUGAUUUUGAUGCUGCGUUGGAUGCAGCGUCCAGGGGAUUUGUUGAAACAGAAAGGGAUGAAUUGGUCAGAAAGGGAAUUUUAACUCCUUUUCAUAAGCUUAAAGGAUUUGAACGGCGGCUGCAACAGCCAGGACCGUGCAAUAUAUCCGAGAAUGAAGAAAUAGGUGCUGAUGAUCUUACCUCUGGCAGUAUUCUAAGGGCUGCUCAGUCAAUAUCAGAAUCUGUGAAAGCUCGCCCAAGAACGAAGCUUCUUGAUCAUGGAGAAGUGCCGAAACUUGAUGCGCCUACCCUUCCCUUUCAGAGGCUGAAGAAACCUUUCAGAAUUCCUGCCUCCCUGGAAAGUGAUGCUGAUAAAAGUAAAGCUUCACAAAAGAGGAAGCGUCCUAUGCCUGGCCAGAAAUGGAGAAAGCGUAUUUCACGUGAAGAAUUCCCUUUGGAUAAUGCUGAAGAUGCACAGGUCGACCUGGCUACAUCCAGCAAUGAAGAAGAGCUGCUACAUGAUUCUGAAGAUGUUGAUGGCACUGACUCUCCUUUUAUAACACUUGAAGGCGGACUAAAAGUUCCAAUUACCAUUUUUAGCAAGCUUUUCGAUUACCAGAAAGUAGGAGUGCAAUGGCUGUGGGAACUGCAUUGCCAGAGAGCGGGUGGCAUUAUUGGAGAUGAAAUGGGUCUUGGCAAAACAAUUCAAGUUUUGUCUUUCCUUGGAGCAUUACAUUUUAGUAAUAUGUACAAGCCAAGCAUUGUCAUUUGUCCUGUUACACUACUGCGCCAGUGGAGAAGAGAGGCACGCAAGUGGUGCCCCAGUUUUCAUGUCGAGCUACUGCAUGAUUCUGCGCAGCAUCUUCCUUCUAGAAAAAAGAGAGCAAAAUCUGAUGAAAGUGAUGACGAUAGUGAUGCUUCUUUUGGAAGUGACAAUGAUGCGAGUUUAGCAUCUAAAAAGGGCAGCAAAUGGGAGUCAUUAAUAGACCGAGUUUUGAAGUCAAAAUCUGGGUUGCUCAUUACUACAUAUGAGCAACUUCGGCUACUUGGGGAGAAAUUGCUUGACAUUGAAUGGGGAUAUGCUGUUCUGGAUGAAGGACACCGGAUUCGAAAUCCGAAUGCAGAGGUCACUCUAGUCUGCAAGCAGCUUCAGACAGUUCACCGCAUAAUAAUGACAGGAGCACCAAUUCAGAAUAGGUUAAGUGAACUGUGGUCUUUGUUUGAUUUUGUUUUCCCUGGUAAGUUGGGGGUCCUUCCUGUCUUCGAAGCAGAAUUCGCUGUUCCAAUCUCCGUUGGUGGUUAUGCAAAUGCUUCACCACUACAAGUAUCUACGGCAUACAGGUGCGCUGUGGUGCUACGUGACUUGAUCAUGCCUUACCUGCUACGUCGUAUGAAGGCAGAUGUCAAUGCCCAUCUCCCUAAUAAGACGGAACAUGUACUCUUCUGUAGCCUUACACCGGAGCAGCGAUCUGUGUAUAGAGCAUUUCUUGCUAGCACUGAAGUUGAACUAAUUCUCAAUGGCAGUAGGAAUUCCUUGGCUGGGAUUGAUGUGAUGCGAAAGAUAUGUAACCACCCUGAUCUACUUGAGAGAGAGCAUUGUUAUCAGAAUCCAGAUUAUGGAAAUCCUGAACGUAGUGGGAAAAUGAAAGUUGUUUCCCAGGUGCUCAACGUCUGGAAGGAGCAGGGUCAUCAUGUUCUUCUUUUCACUCAGACUCAGCAAAUGCUCGAUAUCCUUGAAACUUUCUUGGUCUCUCAUGGUUACAACUACCGGAGAAUGGAUGGUCUUACUCCUGUGAAGCAGAGAAUGGCCCUAAUAGACGAAUUCAAUGACUCUGAUGAUAUCUUCAUUUUUAUUUUAACUACAAGGGUUGGUGGGUUAGGGACGAAUCUAACUGGUGCAGACAGGGUGAUCAUUUUUGAUCCAGACUGGAACCCAUCAAAUGAUAUGCAGGCUAGGGAACGAGCAUGGCGUGUUGGUCAGAAAAGGGAUGUUACUGUAUAUAGGUUGAUUACUCGUGGGACUAUCGAGGAGAAGGUGUACCACCGACAGAUUUACAAGCAUUUUCUCACUAACAAGAUACUGAAGAACCCUCAGCAAAGGAGAUUCUUCAAAGCUCGGGACAUGAAAGAUCUGUUCAUUUUGAGUGAUGAUGGUGACAGUGCAUCAACUGAGACAUCUAACAUUUUCAGCCAGUUGUCUGGAGAUGUCAAUGUUGUUGCUGCUCAAAUGGAAAAGCUGGACAAUCAUAAUCAACACACCACAAAUAUUGGAAGGCAUGCUGUAGAUGAAAGAGAUAAUUCGGAGGCCCUACCCUCCAGGAGGAAGGGGAAAACUGAGGAGGCUUCUGAUCUUAAGGACCGUGAAGUUGAUAAGGAAACAAAUAUCUUGAAGAGUCUUUUCGAUGCUAAUGGCAUACAUAGCGCAUUGGACCACGAUGCUAUUGUGAAUGCGCCUGAUGAAGAGAAGGUGAGGUUAGAGGAUCAAGCAUCACAAGUUGCACAAAGAGCAGCAGAGGCAUUGCGUCAGUCGCGGAUGCUCCGAAGUCGUGAAAGUAUAUCAGUGCCAACAUGGACAGGAAAAUCAGGAUGUGCUGGAGCACCACAAUCCACGACCCGUCAGAAAUUCGGAUCUACCCUCAGCUCUCAAUUGAUCAUCAAGAAGUCAUCAUCCAAUGGAUCCAGCAGCACCAAUGGGACAAUUAGCAGCAGCCUGAAUGGCAUAGCAGCUGGGGCAUCUGCUACUGGGAAGGCGUUGUCUUCAGCCGAGCUGCUUGCUAGAAUCCGUGGGACCCAAGAAAGAGCCGCUGGGCUUCAUGCAUCAGCAUCAUCCAGUUCAACUAGGAGCACAAGGUCCGGGGGCAGUGGAACAUCCAGCGUUCAGCCGGAAGUAUUGAUUCGUCAGGUUUGUACGUUCAUACAACAGAGGGGUGGGAGAACAGAUUCUGCGACCAUAGUGCAGCACUUCAAGGACAGGAUACCAUCCAAGAAUCUGCCAUUGUUUAAGAAUCUCUUGAAAGAGAUAGCAAGUCUGAAGGACGACCCAAAUGGGAAAGUAUGGGUUCUGAAACCGGAAUAUGAAUGACCAAGGACCUUAACUGCCAAUGCUGCUCUCACUGCGGAAGAUCCUAAGGUAUGCUAACGGUACUUGCCUGGUUAGGGUCCGCUCCUUGUAUAUGCUGGAAAGUGUUGUUCGGGGGUUGCGUCGACAACUCUGGAAAUUUUUGAACAUUGAUGACAGAGACGGAAAUACUUCUAGUUUAACGAGUAAUCAUGAUUCCAAAUCCAUGGUAGCGAUGCUGCUGUGCAUCAAUUGGAAACGUAGUAGAUUUUGUUCACGAGGGAUGAGUUUGGAGGGUUAGAACUCCGUUUUUCUCUCUUGUUGGUUGGCAACCUCUGUAAGGAAAUCGUGAUGCAAAGUCACGAGUUCCUCUUGUUGAGGCUGCCAGUAAAGGCAUUUGUUAUGU